AUGGCCGCCCGCGAUGACACGACGGCAAAGCGCAAGGCUCCCCCCAGCGGUUUGAAGUCCGGUAAGGGUGCGGCCGGUUCCGAGGCUUGGCCACCGGACCCGGACCUGACCUUCGGACGCGAGAAUCCGGCCACCGAGCCGGACCUGAAGACCGGCGUCUGCCCCUCCAAGGGGGAGAAGGACGCCAGAGAGCCGGACCUGAAGCUGCCGCCGACUUCGGCGGACGUGGAUCCGGCAGCGCCUGCACAGGAUGCCGAAGCCCCGGAGCCCUCCGAGGACGGCAGCACGAGUUUGAUCAAGGGUGUGCAGUCCGACGAAGGAACUGCCGAGAGCAAGGAUACAGCUGACGUGAGUGAGGCACUUAAUAAGGAUCGCGGCGCCCCCGAGGGCGACAGUCUUGCCGAAUCCGAAGCUGCGGCACAGGAAGACAUCAAGGGCGCCGGCCUUGGCGUGACGCUGCGAGCCAAGGACGUGAUCGAAGAUGCGUCCGACAAGGACUGGGCGAUCGCACCGUCCUCGGUCGACUUCGAGGAUCCGCUGGUCCGCUCGCUUUCCCUUCUCGCCGGCCUCCUGCAGCGGCCGAUUUCCGUUGAGGCCCUGAAAGCGGGGCUGCCCCAUGCCCAGGAGGCCUUCACGCCGGAACUGGCGGUCCGCUCCGCCGAACGCGCCGGCCUCUCCGCCCGGGUGGUGCGUCGGCCCCAGCUCUCGAAGAUCCUGCCCGUAACCCUGCCGUGCAUCCUUCUGCUGAAAGGCGGGAACUGCUGCGUGCUGAUCGAACUCGCCAACGGCCAGGCAGACGUGCUGCUGCCCGAGGCCGGGGGCACCUCGAAGUCUUUGGAUAUGCGUGCACUGCAGGAGCAGUUCACCGGCUACGCCAUCUUCGCGCGCACCGAGGCGCGCUUCGACGAGCGGGCGCCGGAACGCAAGCUGUCGGAGCCGCGGGCCUGGUUCUGGGGAACACUGGCCCAGUUCUGGCCGAUCUACAGCCACGUGGUUCUGGCUUCGCUGCUGAUCAACUGCUUCGCCAUCGCCAGCCCGCUCUUCAUUAUGAAUGUUUACGACCGCGUGGUGCCCAACCAGGCGAUCGAAACGCUCUGGGUGCUGGCAAUCGGCGUGCUCACGGUCUUCGGCUUCGAAUUCGUGAUGCGCAACCUGCGCACCUACUUCGUCGACAUCGCCGGCAAGAACGCAGACGUCAUCAUCGCCAGCCGGCUGCUGGAACAGUUGAUGUCGACCCGGCUCGACUCCAAGCCGGCAUCGACCGGAGCGAUGGCCAACAACUUGCGGGAAUUCGAAUCGCUGCGCGAGUUCUUCACCUCGGGAACGCUGGUGGCGCUGGUCGACCUGCCCUUCAUCUUCCUGUUCAUCGGUGUGAUCUAUAUCGUCGCCGGCCCGGUCGCCUUCGUCCCGCUGGCCAUGGUGCCGCUGGUUAUCUGCGUCGGGCUGUUCCUGCAGUUCCCCCUGCGCAACGUGAUGGAGAAGAGCCAGCGCGAAGCGAGCCAGAAGCACGCCCUUCUGGUCGAGACCAUCGACGGCCUGGAAACCAUCAAGGCCACCGCCGCCGAGGGCCGCGUCCAGCGCUCUUGGGAGCGCUUCGUGGGGCUCUCCGCCGAAUCUUCGGGCCAGGCACGUUUUAUCUCCGGCCUGGCCACCACCUUCGCCCAGAUCGCCAUUCAGAUGUCGACAGUGAUCGUGAUUGUCUUCGGCGUGUACCAGAUCGCCGAGGGCAACAUCACCAUGGGCGCGUUGAUCGCCGCCACCAUCCUGACCGGCCGCGCGCUGGCCCCCCUGGGUGCGGUGGCGGCCAUGCUGACGCGCCUGCAGCAGUCCAGGGUCGCCCUGCGGUCACUCGACGAUGUGAUGAAGGCGCCGGCGGAGCGCGCGCAAAACAAGCGCUUCCUGCACCGUCCGCGGCUGAGCGGCCAGAUCGAGUUCAAGCAGGUGACCUUCAGCUAUCCGGGCCAGGAGACAAAGGCGCUCGACAGCCUCUCCUUCAAGAUCAAACCCGGUGAGAGGGUCGGCAUGCUCGGCCGCAUCGGCUCCGGCAAGAGCACGGUUUCGCGCAUGAUGGUCGGCCUCUAUGAGCCGAUGGACGGCGCGAUCCUCAUGGACGGGACCGACAUCCGGCAGGUCGAUCCGGCCGACCUGCGCCGCAACGUCGGUUAUGUCUCGCAGGACAACUACCUGUUCUUCGGCUCGGUGCGCGACAACAUCUGCUUCGGCGCCCCUCAUGUGGACGACGAAACGAUCCUGCGCGCGGCCGAACUCGCCGGGGUGAGCGACUUCCUGCGCACCCACCCGCUGGGCUUUGACCUGCCGGUGGGCGAGCGUGGCAUGGCGCUUUCAGGCGGUCAGCGCCAGUCCGUCGCCAUCGCGCGCUCCAUGCUUCUGGACCCGCCGAUCAUCCUGCUGGACGAGCCGACGAGCCAUAUGGACAACUCCUCGGAGGCCGCCUUCAAACGGCGCCUGGAGGGCAUGCUGCCGGGCAAGACUCUUUUCCUGGUAACACACCGCAGCUCCCUGCUGACCCUGGUCGACCGCCUGUUGAUCAUCGACAACGGCAAAAUCGUCGCGGACGGCCCGAAAGACGAGGUACUGCGGGCGCUGCGCCAGGGCGUCUUCGAUCGUGACGAUCUCGACUUCAUGCCGGAUGUCCAUGCCGCCGCCCGGGACCGCGGGCGGCGCUUCGCCUACAUCCUGACGGUCAUCUCGGUUAUCUUCUUCAUCGUCAUGGGCGUCUGGGCCCACUAUGCGGUUCUGGACGAGGUCACCCGCGGCGAGGGGACCAUCAUCCCCUCCUCCAAGACCCAGGUCAUCCAGAACCUGGAAGGCGGCAUCCUCUCGGAAAUCCUGGUCCGCGAGGGCGAUAUCGUAGAGGCCGGCGACGUUCUGGUGCGGAUCGAGAACACCAUCGCCACCGCGAACCUGGAAGACGCCCGGUCCCAGUACCUCAGCCUGCAGGCGACCGAGGCCCGUCUGAUCGCCGAGCUCGAGCAGCAGGAAGCGGUCGAGUUCCCGCAGUCGGUCUCCGACGAGGCGCCCAUCGUGGUUGCCGACCAGAGGCGCCUCUUCAACGCGCGCAAGCGUCAGCUCGCCGCCCAGGUUUCGGUGCUCGAAUCCCAGGCCAGCCAGCGCAAGCAGGAAGUCGCCGAGAUGGGCAGCCGCCGCCGCCAGCUGGAGCAGAGCCUGCGCCUGGCGCGGGAGGAACAGGCCAUCACCGCGCCGCUGGUGCAGAAGGGCAUCAUGCCCCGCAUCGAGCUGAUCCGCAUCGACCGCCAGGUCGCCGACCUGGAGGGCGAGAUCCGCACCAUCCGAACCGCCAUUCCGCGCCUGCAGUCGGCCCAGAAAGAGGCCGAGCAGCGCAUCGACGAGAUGGUCCUGACGACGCAGACGGAAACCUCCGACGAGUUGAACCGGAUCCGUGCCGAACUGAAGUCGAUCUCCCAGUCGCUCUUCGCCGGCCAGGACCGGGUCACCCGAACCGCCGUGCGGUCGCGCGUGCGCGGCACGGUCAAGAACCUGAAGCGCACAACGGUCGGCGGCGUCAUCCAGCCGGGCGAGGACAUCAUGGAGAUCGUGCCGCUUGACGACACGCUUCUGGUCGAGGCCCAGGUUCGCCCGGCCGAUAUCGCGUUCCUGCGUCCGGGACAGGAAUCCAUCAUCAAGGUCUCGGCCUACGAUUUCUCCAUCUAUGGCGGACUGACCGCCAGCCUGGAACGGAUCUCCGCCGAUACCAUCAAGGACGAACAGGGCGAGAGCUUCUACCGUGUCUAUCUGCGCACCGAGGAAAGCCACCUGGAGCGCAACGGCGAGACCCUGCCGAUCAUUCCCGGCAUGACCGUGACGGCAGAGAUCCUGACCGGAGAGAAGUCCGUUCUGGAUUACCUCAUGAAGCCCAUUCUCAAGGCCCAGGGGAGCCUGCAGUUGGAUCGCCGCGCCUUCCUUCGUUCGUCCGCAGUCGUGCUCGGCACCGCCCUCGGCGGCGCCGCGAUCGAGGCCGUGGCGAACCCGGCGGCGGCGCAGUCCCUGGGUGAUUUUCUGAAGUCCAGCCGCAACCGCGGCAAAGGCCUCUUCGGCUCCACCGAGAUUUCUUCGGCCAAUCUGAAGGCGCUGCCGCAAUGGGCCCGGGUGCUCUCGAAAAUGGAGCAGGAGCGCAGCAGCUUCCAUGCCUGCCUGAACAGCGCGGCCGCCUGUACCUCGGCCGGCCUGAAAUCCUGGCGGGAGGUUGCCACCGCCGCCAAGGGCCGGCCCCGCCUGGAGAUGCUGAAGACCGUCAAUCAAUACUUCAACCGCUGGCCCUACAAGAUCGACCAGGAGCUCUAUGGCGUCAGCGAGUUCUGGGCGAGCCCCAAGGAGUUCAUGAAGCGCUCCGGGGACUGCGAGGACUAUUCCAUCGCGAAGUUCUUCGUGCUGCGGGACCUCGGCCUUUCCAACGAGGAAUUGCGGGUGGUCAUUCUGAUGGACCGGAUCCGGCGUAUCGGCCAUGCGGUUCUGGCGGUCUACCAGCCCGAUGACAUCCUGGUCCUGGACAGCCUCAGCGACCUGAUCUUCUCCCACAAGAAGUACCGGCACUACCUGCCCCAGUACUCCAUGAACGAGACCACGCGCUGGGCGCACUUCUACGACAAGAAACGUCCUGAAACGGCUGAUCCGCUGGAAUUCCCGGCGCUCGAUGCCAGACCGGCGCCUCCGGGUCGGUGGCGCAUGCUGCUCUGGGGCGGCAUUGUGCUGGCAGUUUUCGUUGUGGCGGCCAUCCUGGUGCCGCGCCUGACCAUAGAGGCCAAGCGGGACCAGCUUAUCGAACAGGUGGCCGAGCGCCUGCAGCUGACCGCCGGCGGCCAGGCCGAGGUGCUUUCCACCUGGCUUCAGGGAACCCGGCGCCUCGCCCAGCCGGUCGUCGAAAGCGAGCUCAUCCGGCUUUUUUCCGCCGAGAUGGACCUGGCCGACGGCGACAUGUCGCGCAUGGUCGCCCCGCAGAGCGGCGAAGACGGCGGGCUCGGUGUACCGCUGGUCGAACAACUCCCCUUCAUCGAACGGGUGAUCAGCGACUUCGCGGCAAACGCCGACUUCCUGGCCGCCUACCUGGUCGGCCGCAACGGCGAUGCCUUUGUCGCUUCCAGCGGCUCGGCGAGCUUUGGCGCCGAACAGCGCGCGCUGGCGCUGCAGAGCUUCGAGCGCGGACAGACGGUUUUCGGGCCGGCCCGGAGCUUGCCGGCGGGCCUCGUGCUCGACAUGGUCAUGCCGGUCUUCGCCGCACAGGUAGAACCCGGCGAAGCCAGGCCCGUUGCCGCCCUGGUGCUGGUCGUGCCGCUGACCGCCGGGCUGUCGGACAUCCUCUCCGUCGACCCGCUCGCCAGCCCGGGCACGCGGCGCGUGCUCAUCCAGUUGGACGACGGCGCCUUGGCCCGCAUCGCCCCCGGCGCCGCCGAGCCGGUCAAGGCGGUAACCUUGGACGGCUUCGACCUGGCGGCCGGCGAGGUGCCUUUCGCGGAGCGUCCUUCCCUCACCAAACCGAUUCAGGUCUAUUCCGCAGGCGCCAUGGUCUCCGGCCCCAUAUGGUGGAUUGUGGAGGAACUGGAGGUCACCGUCGCCGAGCGGCCCCUUGCCACCUUCUCCAUCGCGGCCGUCCUGGUUGCCGGCCUGGUGGUCCUCGUGGCCGCUGCUGCCUUCGGCGCUUUUUGGUGGCGUCUGUCGAGCCAUCACAACGAGACGCUGGCCGUGCAGUAUCGCGACCUUGCCGGGCGCAUUCAGGCCCAGAAGCAGCUCAUGGAAAGCAUCAACGGUACGAUCUCGGAGCACAUUGCUCUGAAGGCACCCGACGGGACCUACCGCUAUGUGAACCCGGCCUUCGCCUCGGCGGCGGGCCGCAGUCAGCAAAGCAUGAUCGGACUGGACGAUGCCGCGGUUUUCGGACGCGGUACCGCCAAGCGGCUGGCGCUUACCGACCGGCGCGCCCUCGAUGAAGACACGGCCGUCACCACAAACGAAGAGAUCUACCUCGACUCGACGAAGCGCUAUCUGCAGAUCUCAAAGGUACCCUUCCGCGAUGCCGAGGGCGCUGCUCCGGGCCUUGUGUCGGUGUCACGCGAUGUCACCGAACUGGUCGAGCAGCAAGAGAAGAAGGAACGUGCCAUCCAGCAGAUGGUCACCGCCCUGGUGCGCGCGAUCGAGCUGCGCGACCCCUACCUGGCCGGGCACUCCCGGCGCGUCGCGGACUUCGCGGUGGCCGUCGGCAAACAGCUCGGCUGCAGCGAGGACGACCUGACGACGCUGGAGCUCGCGGCCAAUCUCUCCCAGAUCGGCAAGCUCGCCGUCCCGGAGGAACUGCUGACCAAACCGGCCCGUCUGACGGAGGAGGAAAUCCGCCAGAUGGAAACCCAUGUCGAGCAUGCGGUUCAGCUUCUCGGCGGGAUCGAUUUCGAGCUGCCGGUCGUUGAAACCAUUGCCCAAAUGCACGAGCGCCUUGAUGGCAAGGGCUACCCAAAAGGGUUAGCCGGCGAGGCAAUCCGUCGAACCGCCCGAAUUCUGGGGACUUGCGAUGUCUUCUGCGCAAGGGUGGAGCCGCGGUCCUACCGCGCGGGCCUUGCACCCGACGCGGUGCUGGAUAUUCUGCAGGAGAAUUCCAGCCGCUAUGACCCCACAGUGAUCGAGGCGUUGAGACAGGUGACUUCGACUAUCUCCGGUGAAAAGCUGAUCGCCAGCAUCGCGGCCUUCGCGCUCGACGGCACUAUCCGCACUGCCGGGCGGGUCGAAAUCAAUGCAAUGGAAUACCCCUGGAGUGCCGUCGGUCGCGUCAACGCAGGGGGACGCGGUCACUGCACGGGAUUUCUGGUGAGCGAGCGGCAUGUUAUCACCGCUGCCCACUGCCUCUUCGACCCCCGGGCCGGGCGGUGGCGCGGCCCCAUCGAGCUGCACUUCAUCGCUGGCUAUCAGCGCGACCGCUUCAUCCUGCAUUCCAAGGUGGCCAGCUACCGCCGGGCCGAAAACUACGAGUAUGCCAAUCCAGUUAGUGCUCGUGCCGCACUGCACGACUGGGCAAUCCUCACUCUUGAGAAGCCGAUCGGACGCAAGGCCGGCUGGCUCGGCAUGAAGAAGCUGGACAGCCUCAUGAUGUCGCGGAUCAAGGCCGGCGAUGCCCUGCUCAUACAAGCGGGCUACCGCCGCGACCGGGCCCAUGUCAUGUCGGCCGGCUGGGGCUGCACCUUCCGGGGCUUCAUUCAGCGAGGCCGGCUGAUCACCCAUGACUGCAAUGUCAUCCAGGGCGACUCGGGUUCGCCGCUCAUCCUCUUCGCCGACAGCGACUUCUACGCGAUCGGGCUGCAUGCCAUCGACCUGCGUUCCGACAAGGAUGGACCGCUGGCCGGAGUGCUCUCCUUCAGCCUCUUCCAUCCCGACGGCGGACGCCGCGACGCGGCUUCGGCUCUCUCCGGCACCUCCGCGCGCUGGGCCCAGGGAAUGCCGCCCGGCCAGGGCAGCGAGGCGGCGAUGGUGCCCCUGCGCACCAUCGACAGCCUUCUGGUCAGCCUGGGCUACCUCCAGCGCAGAGCGGAGCAACAGAGCCAGGAAGCGCGUGUUCAGGCGCUCAAACGCUUUCAGGGAGACCGCGGCCUGCCGAAAGACGGGCGUGCGUCUUUGGACAUCCUGGGCAAGCUCCUGCUCGCCGCAAGCCUGCUAUCCACAUCGGUCGGCGGGGGCGGUGCCCAUCGGGCCGGCGGAGAAUCCGCUGCGGCAGCCGCCAUUUUCUUCACGCGACCGGCACGGCGCUCCAUCGUCGUUUCCAAUGGCGUGGUUCGUAUCGAGCUGGUGCAACUUCGUAGAAAAGACGACAAGGCAGAGCUUGAGUCGCACACCAGCGGUCACCUGCUGAUGCCGGUCGGCUCCCUGAAGCAGCUGACCCUGCAACUGGCCAAGGCCUUGGAGCAGAUCCAGGCCCGCGUCGCCGAGAAGGACAGGCUCGACAACGCGCCGAAGGGUGACGAUUUGGACGUCGGAUUGCGUCGUCGGGGCGGUGCCCGCGCAGCCGGCGCGCAACGCGCCAAUUGGCCGGGCGCCGCCGCCGCUGCAGAGGCGGCAGCCGGGACCGGGUCCGUUCCGGCCGUUUUUGCCGGCUCCUGGCCGGCGCGGCCCCAAGCUAUGAAAUACCUCUUCGUCCAUCAGAACAUGCCUGGGCAGUACAAGCACAUCUGCCAGCGGCUCGCCGCCGACAAAGACAAUACCGUGGUGUUCAUUACCAAGCGGGAAGGUAUCGAGCUUUCGAACAUCCACAAGGUGCUCUACAAGCCCAACCGAGAGCCCGCCGCCUCGACCCAUCGCUACAUCCGAGACGCUGAGCGUGGCAUCCUCCACGGACAGGAGGUCGCCCGCAAGGCGCUGGAACUGAAGAGCAAGGGCUUCGUACCCGACAUCAUCAUCGGUCAUCCCGGCUGGGGCGAGACGCUGUACCUGAAGGACGUGUUUCCCGACACACCGCUCUUGGGGUUCUUCGAGUUCUACUACCACGCCGUCGGCGCCGACGUUGGUUUCGAUCCGGAGAAUCCGGCCAGUCUCGACACGCACUGCCGCAUCCGGACCAAGAACAUCAUCCAGUUCAUGGGGCUGGAGUCCGCCGAUGCCGGAAUGACCCCGACCCUCUGGCAGUUCGAGCAGUAUCCCGCCGAGUUCCGGCACAAGAUCUCUGUUGUUCACGAUGGCAUCGACACCGCCGUCUGCAAGCGCAACCCCGAUGCCUCCAUCGAGAUCAAGAAUACCGACGGCGAGGUCACGACGCUGCGCCAGGGGGAAGAGGUCAUCACCUACGUGGUGCGCAACCUGGAACCCUAUCGCGGCUUUCCGCAGUUCAUGCGCGCAGCCGAGAUCAUCCUGAGGCGAAGGCCGAAGGCCCGCAUCAUCAUCAUUGGCGGCGACGAGGUGAGCUACGGGCGGCCGCUGCCCGACGGCGAGACCUACCGCAAGAAGGCCCUGGAAGAGGUCGAUCUCGAUCUCAGCCGUGUGUUCUUUCUGGGCCGGGUUCCCUACUCCACCUACCUGAACGUCAUUCAGGUCUCCGGCGUGCAUGUCUAUCUGACGUUCCCCUUCGUGCUCUCGUGGUCCGUUCUGGAAAGCAUGGCGGCCGAAUGCCUCCUGGUGGCCUCCGCAACGCCGCCGGUUCAGGAAGUCAUCAAGGAUGGAAGCAACGGCCUUCUCUUCGACUUCUUCGACCACGAGGCCAUCGCCAACCGCGUCGACGAGGUGCUGGACCACAAGGACCGCAUGGCGGCCAUCCGCAAAAAGGCCCGGACGACGGUUCUGCAGAACUACGACCUUGAAAAGUGCAUGAAGGAGCAGCUCAAGCUGAUCGACAAUCUGGUGGCCGGGAAACGCCCACAGCCGGGCGGCAAACCCGGCAAGCCGAGCUUCCGUCUGCCCUCGGGCAGCCGUGGAACGAAGCCUGCGGCGAAGAAAGCCUCGGGCGGGUCCUCGAAGACCGCAUCGAACGGCAAGACCAAGGCGGCCGCCAAAUCCGGCGGCACCCGCUCGACCGCGCGCAAGAGCAAGGCCAAGAAAGCGGGAGAGCGCCUUUCCGGCGGUCCGGCGAACCACGGGCGCAGCAGGGUCUCGAUAGCUUCGGCAAAUGGCAUACUCCGGAUUCCGGGUUGCGAGACCCGAUUGGAACGCUUUAUCAACCGCCUUGUAGGACGCAACAGGGGACUGGUACCCGGAUCGAGAGUACUCGUUGGAUACGAACGCGGUGACAGUGUGGGGCACUACCGCCGGCUGCUGCCGGUGGCGGAGGCCCUGGCCGCGCGGGGGCAUCAGGUCACUUUCUUCCUGCGUAACCCCUAUGACUGCAGGGCGCAGAUCACCAAGAACCCCUUCCCUUUCAUUCCGACACCCGACCUCGUGCCGCCCAACCCUGCGGAGCGCGAACCCAAGCGGAUGGGCAGCUACAGCGAUAUCAUGGUCUACUGCGGUUUCGGCCGGCUGGAGACGCUGUUCACGGCGACACUGGCCUGGCGGACCCUGUUCGAUCAGCUGCGCCCGGAUCUCAUCGUCUGCGACCAUAGCCCGGUGACCUGCUUUGCCGCCUACGGCCGCAUCCCGGUGGUGCAGAUCGGCGAUGGGUUCACCAUUCCGCCGGCGCAGGACGACGUCUUCCCGCCGUUUCGCGCGAAGAAAAAGGUCACGGUCGAUCCCGACCAACUGGUCUCGGUUAUGAACGAUGUGCAGGGACGACUGGGCGGCCCCAGGGUGCCCUGCGUGACCGCGCCGCUGCGCACCGCGGGACGACUGAUCUGCACCCUGAUGGGGCUGGACCCCUACAAGGACCUCCGCGAGGAUCCGGUGAUCGGUCCGACCGAGGGCCUGCAGCCCCCCACACCGAUGCCAAAGACCCAAUCGCUCUUUGUCUACCUGGGCAUCGAUCAAAGGAUAACCCCCCGGUUCCUGGAAGUCUUGAAGGCGUCGAAGCUGCCGGCGCGGGCGUACAUCCGCGGCAUGACCGAGGAAGCCGCCGAGACCUACGCCCGCCCGGGCCUGACCUUCUACAAAGCGCCGCAGCCCAUCGAUGAAAUGCUGCGCGACGCUACCAUGACCGUUCAUCACGGCGGCAGCGGCAUGUGCCUGGCGUCGUGCAGUGCUGGCCGCAUUCAACUGGCCCUGCCCAUCCAUGAGGAAACGCUCUUGAAUGCCCGCGCCCUGGGGCGCAUCGGCGUGGGCCGCAUGGCCACCGGCAAGGAACUCGAGGAGAGCGGCCAGGAGAUCCUGGACGAAACCGUCGCCGACCCGAGAAAGGCCGAGCGCGCGCGGAUCAUUGCCGAAGAGAUCAGAGACGUGGGGCCGUUUCGCCCGAUGGAGCGGAUCAUCGAGACCUGCGAGAGUGUCCUGGGCGGUCGCUGA